UGAGGUGCUUGAGAGGACUAUUCUCAUCUUUUUUGUCCACUCAUAGGUAACAUCCUCUUCAUUUGGUCCUGUCUGAGUCGUCGAGGGAGCAGCAGAUUCCCGCCAGCAAAAUGCCGUCCAAGGAAUUGAGCAGGCGUGCAUACAAAGGUCAAUUAACCUCUGUCCGGAAGAUUGUGGAAAAGUACCAGAGAGAUCCUGAGAAUUUGGAAGAUGGUCAAGCUGAGACUGAGUUAAUAGCACAGAGAGAUAUGGUCGGGAUUAUCGAGGGAAAAUUUAAGGCUGUGCAAUCCGAGAUUAUCGCUUCAGCAGCCCCUGAAGACAAAGAAAGGGAACAGGAAGAGUUUCUAACCUUCAUGGAUGAAUGUCUUCAGGUGGAACAGGAACUUAGUCAGUUAAUCGCCGCAAUUACCACUCAGAAGAGAGGUUAUAAUGCAGCUGGUGAAGCUUCAGGGCUGAAUACAUCAUCUGAGAAUCAAACUGUCCAGCAAAUGCUCUCACUGAUGCAACAACAGCUGCAAGAACAAAGAUUGCAACGAUUGAGUGAAGAAAGUAAGCUGAAGGAGCUUCUACAAAAUCAACGGAAGGAAGUUGAGACUUUACUGGAAGCUUCUCGAAAUAAUUUGACAGCAACGCUCGAGAACUCCGAUAUUCUUGAUGUCUCUGACCACAGUGCAAAGCUGGAACCAAUCAAAAUUCCCACUUUUUCCGGGGAUUAUUGCGAAUGGAUGACAUUCAAAAAUCUUUUUAUCUCAUCUGUAGAUAAAAAUAUAAGACUGUCAAAAUCCCAAAAGAUGCAAUACUUGAGAAAUUCUACAAGUGGAGAAGCACUUGGACUCUUCGGUAGUCUCCCAAUCACUGACGAGAAUUACACCAUCGCUUGGGGUCGUCUUGAGAAGAGAUACAACAACAAGAUGAUCAUCAUUUCUGCGUUCAUGGAUAAAUUCCUGAAUCAGCCCACCAUUACUAAGUCUGAUGUCACUGCUCUACGGAAGCUGCAAUCCACAACUUCUCAGGCUUUGGAAGCUGUGGAUGCAUUGGGAGUUUCAUCAAGAGAUCCAUGGCUGAUUCAUUUGGCGCUGAAACAUUUGGAUCAUCAAACUCAGACGCAAUGGAGUGAAAAGUGCCCAGACUCCAUUCCUACCUGGACAGACUUUGACGAGUUUCUUGAGAAACGCUGCAGGAGCCUUGAGAGCUGCCCAAUCACACAAAAGACCUCAACAGUUGAUGAAGUCAUCGAGGCCAAACAACAGCUCCAAUCCAUACUUGGUGAAGCAUCAAUGAAACUCUCCAAAUUUCGCUCCAAUCGGAUUGAACUUCUUGCAACAGAAGAUCCAUCGACAGAAGCCAAAGCGCCUCUUGUACUGGACGAAGAAGCAAAAACAUUGGGCAUACUGUGGAAUCCGGUCAUUGAUGCAUUCCAAUUUCGUGUAUCAGGAAGUUUGCAAUCGGAGACUUGGACUAAGCGACAGUUAUUGUCUACUGUGGCGAGGAUCUUUGAUCCAUGUGGCUUAAUAGGCCCAAUCAUAACUUCUGCAAAGCUGUUGAUCCAAAUAGCUUGGACUAAGCCUAUUGGAUGGGAUGAUCCCAUUCCAGAUGAUCUUCUAACUGAGUGGAAAGCUUUCAUCGUGGGUUUGACAGAUAUUAGCCAAUUACGCAUUCCGAGGUGGAUUUCUACGAUUUCGAAUCCUUCUCACAUGGAGUUGCAUGCCUAUUGCGAUGCAAGCAUGAUGGCCUACGGUGCUUCAAUAUAUCUUGUCUACGAGGAUAGUCAGUAUAACAGAUCUUCUGGACUGCUUGUGGCUAAAUCAAGACUCACUCCAAUCAAGGGAAAACAUGAUUGCACAAGGACUCUUACCAUACCUAAGGCUGAGCUUUGCGGCGCAGAAUUAGCCGCGCAGUUGAUGAGUACAGUAUCUGAGGCAUUAAAAAUUUCCAAUACAUUCUUCUGGACAGAUUCUAUGGUGGUUUUGCAUUGGAUAUAUGCUCCACAUGGAAGAAAGGACACGCUUGUGAGGAAUAAAGUUUCCAAGAUAUUGAGUUCAUCACACUCCCAUCAGUGGAGACAUGUCAAAACUUCGGAAAACCCAGCCGACAUGAUAUCUCGUGGAAGCAAGGUGAAGAGUUUGUUGGAUAACUCAAUGUGGUGGCAUGGGCCAAGUUGGCUUCUUCAGGGUCCGUCGGAAUGGCCACCCGAAUUCUCACCUACAAGUCAUCUUGACUUUCGUCCUACGAUGGUGACUUGUUCUGAAGUGUCUGCAAAAAGACCAUGGCUAAGCAUUUAUGAAGCCCUAAUGUUGCAUUGCAGCUCAUUUGUCAAAGCUACACGAGUACUGGCUUGGGUAUUGAGAGGAGUUCAACGUUUCAGAUCCAGACGUCAACGUGUAACUCGAAGCACGUCUUGUGCUAUUCCUGAUCAUCUGCAAGUUGCUGAACUGAGGACAAGCGAGAUGUUGCUAGUCUCUUGGGAUCAGGCGUCUCAUUUCAAGGACGUGCUGGCAUUGUUGAAGUCAAAUCAACUGAACAAAAUCACAUUACCCAUCCGAAAACUUUCUCCAUUCAUUGAUCACGAUGGGAUUUUGCGUGUUGGUGGUCGCCUGAAAAAUUCAGAGCAGUCUUUUGAAACUUGCCACCCUGCGCUCAUCGGAAAUGGAAAACUUUCGGAGUGGAUUGCUCAAAGAGAGCAUCAGCGUCUCUUACAUGCUGGGCCUCAGCUAACGCUGUCGUCCAUCAGAGCAAAAUUCUGGCCACUGAAAGGGCGCAAUUUGGUUCGCAGCAUCAUUCAUCGGUGUACUACGUGUAUACGAGCAAAGCCUCAAUGUGCCGAACAGUUAAUGGGAGACUUGCCGUCAUCCAGAACUACACUUUUGCGUCCCUUUCUUCACACCGGAAUGGACUUCACGGGUCAUAUUCUGAUCAAGAGAUCGCCCAGAGGAUCUGUUGCUGAAAAGGCCUAUGUAGUGGUAUUCAUUUGUAUGUCCACUAAAGCAGUUCAUUUGGAGCUGAUCACUUCAUUGUCUUCGGCGGCCUUCAUUGCAACAUUCAGAAGGUUCAUUGCUAGAAGAGGGCUUCCCGCGCAUAUUUAUAGCGAUAACGGGACUAACUUCGUGGGCGGUGAAAAGGAGCUUCGGAAUUUGCUUCGCAAUCACAAUGUGCAACAAGAUCUAGCCAACUUCUCCUCCACUUUGCAUGUGCAGUGGCACUUCAACCCACCAGGAGCCCCUCACCAAGGAGGUUUGUGGGAGGCAGCUGUGAAGUCUUUCAAGACUCACUUCACGCGUGUGGUUGGAAAUGUCCGCCUGACAUAUGAAGAAUUAAACACAAUCAUCGUGCAAAUAGAAGCUGUGCUUAAUAGCAGACCACUCAUUGCCCUCAUGGACGACCCCAAUGAUCCCCGAAGCCUCACUCCUGGAGACUUUCUUGUUGGAAAUGCCCCAACGCAGCUUCCUGUUGAUCCUGGAGAUGUGGUGAACAUCGAUCACUUGAACCGAUGGAGACUGUGUUCAAAACUUCAACAUGAUCUCACUACCAGAUGGAAAAAUGACUACCUUCACACACUACAACAACGCAAUAAAUGGAACAAGGAAACCCCUAACUUCACUGAAGGCGAUGUAGUGCUGUUGAAGACUGAGAACAUGUCAAGUUUGGAGUGGCCGUUGGGACUGGUGGUAGAUGUGUUUCCGGGGAGCGAUGGUAAAGUUCGUGUGGCACAAUUGAGGGUUCGCGGAAAGUUAAUCACACGACCUAUCACAAAGCUUAUCAAAUUGCCCGUUGAUGAAUCUUAAAUCGUCAAGAUUAUGUCUUUGAAAAAAAAAAACACAAGUAAAAUUUCCUUUGAAUUAAAUUUAUUAUUGUAAACUUUCAAUUUAAACGCCAUUUUGAAAUAGGGGAGAAAUGUACAAAAUAAGAGGAACCCGUUGCGAUCUGCCACAAUUUAAAUAGUUCGAUUAAUCGAAUAUCGAUGAAAUAUCGCCGGGUUAUCGGAAGUCAGCUGAUUUCAAAAUGGCUUUCCACUACCGUUAAUUUUUCUCUGAACGUGAAAAGUGAAUAAAAAAGUGUGCUCCAAAGAAAAUUGUGGUUUUUCUCAGCGGAUAAGGAAAAUUUUGAUCCGUUCUCACCGGGUACUGAUAAAACUGUAUUUCCAGGUAU